CGACAGCCUUUCUCCAUUGGUCGGGACCUUGGGCCCUGCCCCCAAGCCGCUAUAAGGUGGGCAGGGUGGGCUCGGGGUGGAGACUGGAGCCUGAGUCUAGGGUCCGCCGCGGUACCUGGGGGCUGAGGCUGCACGCGCCCAGGGUGACCUGUUUGCAGCAGGCAUGUCAGAAGAGGAGGCAGCUCAGGCCCCCAGAACCAGUUUGUGGGAGCAGGACCAGCAGAAUGUGCUGCAGCGUGUGGCGGCCCUGCCCCUGGUCAGGGCCACGUGCACUGCAGUCUCCGAUGCUUACAGUGCCACCAAGGACAAACACCCACUGCUGGGCUCUGCCUGUCACCUGGCCGAGCGCUGCGUGUGCAGCCUGACCACCCAUGCCCUGGACCACGCCCAGCCGCUGCUCAGCCACCUGCAGCCCCAGUUGGCUACAGUGAACAGUCUAGCCUGCAUGUGCCUGGACAAGCUGGAGGAGAAGCUGCCCUUUCUCCAGCAACCUUCGGAGACGGUGGUGACCUCAGCCAAGGACGCAGUGGCCAGUGGUGUGACAGGCGUGGUGGGCCUGGCGCGGCAGGGCCGCCGCUGGAGUGUGGAGCUGAAACAAUCUAUGAGCCAUGCAGUGGACGUCGUGCUGGGCAAGUCGGAGGAGCUGGUGGACCACUUCCUGCCCAUGACCGAGGAAGAGCUCGCGGCACUGGCGGCAGAGGCGGAGGGCCCGGAAGUGGGCUCGGUGGAAGAGCAGAGGCGACAUCAGGGCUACUUUGUGCGCUUGGGCUCCCUGUCUGCGCGGCUCCGCCACCUGGCAUAUGAGCACUCUCUGGGGAAACUGAGGCAGAGGAAACAUGAUGCCCAGGACACACUGGCCCAGCUGCAGGAGACUCUGGAGCUGAUCGACCGCAUGCAGUGCGGGGUGACCCCAAUCACCCCAGCCCGCCCUGGGAAGGUGCAUGAGCUGUGGGAGGACUGGAGCCAGUGCCCCCCAGAGAACGGCCGCCGCCGCAGCCAGGCGGAGCUGGAGACCUUGGUGCUGUCCCGCAGUCUGAUGCGGGAGCUGCAGAGCACCGUGGACGUACUGGAGACUGGUCAUACCCCAGCACUACUAGCCGAUGCCUUGGCCUUGGCCCUGGCCUUGGCCUUGGCCCGGGAAUAG